AUGAGCUUUAUAGUCUCCAUCUUGCUUUAUAAACGUGCCUGCGAAAGUUACCUGAAAGUUUCAUUCCCUCAUCUUUCCCGACCUCCCGCCGUCUACACCAUCACCUCCCGCCGUCUACACCAUCACCUCCCGCCGUGUACACCAUCACCUCCCGCCGUGUACACCAUCACCUCCCGCCGUGUACACCAUCACCUCCCGCCGUCUACACCAUCACCUCCCGCCGUCUACACCAUCACCUCCCCCCGUCUACACCAUCACCUCCCGCCGUCUACACCAUCACCUCCCGCCGUCUACACCAUCACCUCCCGCCGUCUACACCAUCACCUCCCGCCGUCUACACCAUCACCUCCCGCCGUCUACACCAUCACCUCCCGCCGUCUACACCAUCACCUCCCGCCGUCUACACCAUCACCUCCCGCCGUCUACAACAUCACCUCCCCCCGUCUACACCAUCACCUCCCCGCCGUCUACACCAUCACCUCCCGCCGUCUACACCAUCACCUCCCGCCGUCUACACCAUCACCUCCCGCCGUCUACACCAUCACCUCCCGCCGUCUACACCAUCACCUCCCGCCGUCUACACCAUCACCUCCCGCCGUCUACAUCAUCACCUCCCGCCGUCUACACCAUCACCUCCCGCCGUCUACACCAUCACCUCCCGCCGUCUACACCAUCACCUCCCGCCGUCUACACCAUCACCUCCCGCCGUCUACACCAUCACCUCCCGCCGUCUACACCAUCACCUCCCGCCGUCUACAUCAUCACCUCCCGCCGUCUACACCAUCACCUCCCGCCGUCUACACCAUCACCUCCCCCCGUCUACACCAUCACCUCCCGCCGUCUACACCAUCACCUCCCGCCGUCUACACCAUCACCUCCCGCCGUCUACACCAUCUCCUGCCCCGUGUGGCAGUGAUAAUGAGCAUCAUCAUCACUGUAAUAACACCUAAUUGA